AUGGAUUUUCUUCCCAAGGUGAUUCCCCCAGCUGGUUGGGCUCUUGCAAACAUUAUAUGCCUAGCAACAGGGGCAGAGAAUGAUUCUGUUGAUCCUGGAGGGUUCCAUCAAGAUUUGGACUCUGUAUCAUAUGUCCAUGCUGUUAACAUUCUUGCAGAAAACUUAUUGUCCAGGCUUGAGAAUGUUGACUGUGUCAAGGAGAACCAGAAUCUCCAAGGUGAAGUUGAAACCCAUGAGAAGCCCACCCAUACAGCUUUAUGUGAGGGUGAGAUGGGGUCCUUCAAAAUGUCGUACUUGGAUAUGUUUAGACCUAUUUCCCAGCAGUGGCAUCUUACAGAUCUUUUGGCUAUAAUGGAUAAAGUUGGUCGUAUUCAAGGGUCUGAGACACGACAAAACCUGGAACAUUCAAGGAAGUUGGAGCUGCUAGAUAUUGUGCAUUUAUAUUCAUACAUGCUCAGAAUAUUUUCAUUAUUGAACCCCACAGUUGGAUCGUUGCCAGUCCUUAACAUGCUAUCUUUUACUCCUGGGUUUCUUGUGAAUCUAUGGAGCGCAUUGGAAACAAACCUUUUCCCCAGGGAUUGUCACACUGAUCCAGACAAUUAUGACCGUAUUAGUAAAAUUUCAGUCAAUGACAAAAAAGUUGGGGCUUUUUAG